AUGGAGGUGGCCACGGACCAGCCGCGCUGGAUGGCCCACCACGCCGUGCUCAACGGGCAGCACCCCGAGAGCCACCACCCCGGCCUGCCGCACAACUACAUGGAACCGGCGCAGCUCCUACCUCCCGACGAAGUCGACGUCUUCUUCAACCACCUGGACUCGCAGGGCAACCCCUACUACGCCAACUCUGCCCACGCCCGCGCCCGCGUCUCCUACAGCCAGGCCCACGCCCGCCUGACUGGGAGUCAGAUGUGCCGGCCUCAUCUUCUCCACAGCCCCGGCAUCCCUUGGCUGGACAGCAGCAAGGCGGCACUCUCUGCCCACCACCACAACCCCUGGACCGUGAACCCCUUCACCAAGACCCCCCUGCACCCGUCUGCGGCCGGAGCGCCCGGGGCCAUCUCCGUGUACCCGGGCAGCAGCACGUCCAGCACGGCCUCCGUGUCCUCGCUCACGCCGGCCUCGCACUCGGGCUCCCACCUCUUCGGCUUCCCCCCCACCCCUCCCAAGGAAGUGUCGCCGGACCCCAACUCCACCAGCGCUGCCUCGCCGUCCUCCUCCGCCGGCGCCCGGCAGGAGGACAAAGAGGGCAUCAAGUACCAAGUGUCGCUGUCGGAAGGGAUGAAGAUGGAGAGCGCGAGCCCGCUGCGCAGCAGCCUCACCAGCAUGGGGGCCCAGCCCUCCACCCACCACCCCAUCCCCACCUACCCCUCGUACGUGCCGGCCGCCCACGACUACAGCAGCAGCCUCUUCCACCCCGGCAGCUUCCUGGGGGGCCCCGCGUCCAGCUUCACCCCCAAGCCCCGCAGCAAGGCCAGGUCCUGUUCGGAAAGAAACCCGGUUUCUUCGUGUUUCCAUUUAGAAGGCAGAGAGUGUGUGAACUGCGGCGCCACCGCCACCCCUCUCUGGAGAAGAGACGGCACCGGGCACUACCUGUGCAACGCCUGCGGGCUCUACCACAAAAUGAACGGUCAAAACCGACCCCUCAUUAAACCCAAGCGGAGGCUGUCGGCGGCCAGGAGAGCGGGGACGUGCUGUGCCAACUGUCAGACGACCACCACGACCUUAUGGCGGCGCAAUGCAAACGGGGACCCGGUUUGCAACGCCUGCGGACUCUACUAUAAACUGCACAACGUGAACAGGCCCCUGACCAUGAAAAAGGAAGGAAUUCAGACCCGGAAUAGGAAAAUGUCCAACAAAUCAAAGAAAAGCAAGAAAGGCUCCGAGUGCUUUGAGGAACUGUCCAAGUGCAUGCAGGAGAAAUCGUCUCCGUUCAGCGCCGCUGCCCUCGCCAGCCACAUGGCGCCCAUGGGGCACUUGCCGCCUUUCAGCCACUCUGGACACAUCCUCCCAACCCCUACGCCCAUCCACCCAUCUUCCAGCAUCUCCUUCGGACACCCGCACCCCUCCAGCAUGGUCACAGCCAUGGGAUAAGGCCCGGCGGCCGAGAGACCCGCCCGGAGAUUGAGACCACGGGGCUCUGCCGAAGGUGACAGCGAGCAAGAGGAGGUUCUGCAAAGAGGAGACCGUGGGGACGGCCAAGGGAGAGCUCUGCUCCCGUGGGGUUUAACUGGACCGAAACCUUGCAAGCGAUGGGUCUUGUGCAGCAACGCGGUGCCUGUGAUGCACUUUGCCCCCUCAGGUAUAAGGAAAAAGAAGAGCUCACCUGUUUGAUAAGCUGGUGGUCCAGCGGAAAGCAAAAGGUGGCUGGAGAGGCUGGAACUGGCUGUCCUUUCUCUCUUUGUUAUUACUGUGAAUAUUGUAAAGAGAUAUCAGCAGCCUCCGAGGAUGGGAUCGGCUCACCGCAAGCCACACGUGCCGGAUUUCUAUUGCGGACUUUGUUUGGGGAGGGAAGGAAAACAAAGAAAAAG